AUGUUUAAGAGACAAAAUAAAAAAAAUUAUAGAACACCAACAACCUUUAUAGAUACAAAUUUAUAUAAACAAGAUACAUCACUUGAGGAAACUAAUAACAAAAAAGAAGAAACUAACUAUUCUUAUAGUAAUAGAGUCACUGUAGAUAAUGAAACCAGAUGUAAGAGGAUGACAACUAGGGAUACCUUAGAAGCACAAAAUAUUGGAGUAAAUUUUAGAAUUCGAUAUGGUGGUAAGGGAAGAAAUAAUGAAUUGGUUUUUGAGACCAAACCAAUUACCUCUAUAAAGAAACCAACAAUAGUAAUUGAUAGAUCUAAUGAUUAUGACAAAGUGGUAAAAUUCUUUAAAUCAUAUGAUGAGAAGAGAAAGAUUGAUAAUUGUGAUUUUUUGAAAGACUCAGUAAGCAAAUUAAAAAUUAAUGUAGAUCAAUCAAAAAGUCUACCAAAAUGGAAAGAAGAACUUAAUAAUAUGAACAUUGCUAAAAUUAAGGAUAAUCCAUUUGUAAUAAAUGAUAAGAGAAAGAAAUAA